UGCUCAGUGGUGCGACAAGGAUGAGGACUGAGUCUGGGUGACUGGGGGACAGGAUUUCAGUUUGCCCCACAGGCCACAGGAGCAACGGACUGAACUGGACAGCACUGGACCCACCACUGUGCAAAGCUAAUACACAACCAUGGGAGACUGGAGCUUCUUGGGUAAUAUUUUGGAAGAAGUAAACGAACACUCCACUGUGAUUGGCCGUGUUUGGCUCACAGUUCUGUUCAUUUUCCGCAUUUUAAUUCUCGGCACGGCAGCAGAGUUUGUCUGGGGAGACGAGCAGUCUGAUUACGUAUGUAACACUCAGCAGCCAGGUUGCGAGAAUGUGUGUUAUGACGAGGCCUUUCCAAUCUCCCACAUCCGUCUAUGGGUGUUACAAAUCAUUUUUGUAUCCACACCUUCACUUGUAUACGUCGGCCAUGCUGUCCAUUACAUCCACAUGGAGGAAAAGCGAAAGGAACGUGAAGAAGCUGAGGUUAGCCACCAACAGCAAGUAGGCGAGGAGCAUCUUCCACUUGCAGAUCAGGGAAGUGUUCGCACCACCAAGGAUGCCAGCACGAAGGGUAGCAAAAAGUUCAGACUCGAGGGCACUCUGCUUUUCACGUACAUAUGCCAUAUCAUCUUCAAAGCUCUUUUUGAAGUAGGCUUCGUGGUUGGACAGUACUUCCUCUACGGGUUCCGCAUCCUGCCGCUGUACCAGUGCAGUCGUUGGCCAUGCCCCAACACAGUGGACUGCUACGUCUCCCGACCCACUGAGAAGACCAUCUUUAUAAUUUUUAUGCUAGCAGUUGCUUGUGUUUCACUGUUCCUUAACUUUGUGGAGAUCAGUCACCUCGCCUUGAAGAAGAUCCGAUUUGUAUUCCACCGACCAGCUCCAGCGCAGUUGGAGCCUCUUGGACCACCUGAGAGGAGCUUACCAUUCCUUCUGACCACCCCUGUCCAAAAAUCUAAGGGUUACAGGCGCCUUGAAGAGGAGAAGAAAGACGAGGUGGCGCACAUAUAUCCACUAGCUGAGGUUGGUAUGGAAGAGGGCCAGUUCUUCUCGCCUCAGCUGGAAAAGGAGCAGAAAAGGAGUCAGGAGGCGGUUAUGUCAACAGCGCCACCUGUAGAGGAGACAAUAAUAUGCGAUGAGACUCAACCCUCCUUCAUUCAGGUCACAGGGACACUACCAGAGCUUCCACCAGAAGAACCACUUCGGGAAGGAGAUGAGGUAGACAGCUUAAAAUCUCCAACAGCUUUCCCAGAAGUACUGGAAGAGCAUUCAGAAGGGGAAAGUGUGGAGGAAACAUAUUUAAUAUCACUUGAAGAGAGUUUGGAUAUAGAUCUAGGAGAACUGGCCUGUAGAGAUGUAACUGAGGAAAAGUCAGCGAUGGAAAGUAGCUUAAUAGAUCCUGAGCCAACACAGGAAGAAAGACUUUCAGGAGCAGAAGAAGAAAAGGAAAACUUACAAGAAAUUGGGGAAAAAGAUCAUAACACCUUUAAGGUCCAAGAGUUGAGGAAAGAAGGGAGUUUACCUGAUGUGCUUGAGGAAGCGACAGCAGUUGAGGUGUCUGACCAAGAGAGGGAACUAUGUGAAAUUGAGCCUUUUGUUAAUGAAGACAUUUUGGAAGAGGCGAUUACUGGUGAUCUGGACAUGUCUAAAAUAUCCGAGGGGGAGCAAGAGCCUGAGGCUUUAGGGGAGGUAGCAGGGUCAAAUUUACCUGACAUAGAGCCCAUUGGGGAUGAAGUGGAUAUGGGAAAGGUCAAAGCUAAGGGGGGUGUAGAAGAUAUGGAAGGGGAUGAAGUUCAACAGGAUGUUGUAGACUCAGAAGUGGACAAACCUUCAGAUGAAGUAGUAGAUAUAGGAAAGGGUGAAACUCUAGAGGGUCUAGUGGAUGCAGGAAGAAGCCGUGCUCUAGAAGAUGUACUACAAACAGGCAAGAAUGAAGUUUUAGAAAAUCUGAAUGAAGUUAGACCUUUUGAUGCUGCAGUCAGUAAAGGUGAGGAGGUUCUAGAUAAAGCUGUAGGACUUGCUGCUGACACUGAACAGGUGGAAACUUUGGCAAAGGAGGAGGUCUCCUUGAAGAUAGAGGAUCCAGAACAGGUCCAAGUCUCUAGGGAGUGUGAUGGGUCAGGGAAAAAAGAGAAUUCUAUGGAAACUGGAGGCCUAGAGAAGGAGGAGUGUUCUGAAGUAAUGAUGGGCAUGGAGGCCACAGAGGAGAUGAUGGAUGUAUCACCUGCACCUCUGGAACUAGAGAAAACAGAGGAAACAAGAUCAUUAAGUCGUCUCAGCAAAGGUAGCAGCAGAGCCAGGUCAGAUGAUCUAACAAUAUGACUGAACUACAAGCAGAAACGUAACUAAAAAAUCCCCAAAUUCCCAAGUGCCACAUUAUCAGGUGAAUCAUUGGACAAGCAUGUUUUCUUGGGGUUUUCAACAAGUCAUGAAAUGCCCCAAGUAUGAUCAUCCCCCUUAUGGAAUGUAUAUACUUCAUGUAUAAUGGCCCAUUAAUACUGUAUGAGAAAAAAAUAUUAUGAAUUUCUUGUAACCACCUAGGAGUUCUGGACACAAGUUUGUGUUUGUGUGUGUGUGUGUGUGUUUUACACACAAGUUCAUCUAAAAAGAAAGGCAAAGGUACAAGAACACAAAAACAAUGAAUGAUUUGUAGAAAUUAUGGCAAUAACAAAUUACAAUCUUCUACUAAAAGUGGUAGCUUAUUUAUCACAGGGAACAUUACUAGGGACAUACUUUCAAGCAUAACUUGAUUUUUUUUUUUGUCUUGCUUUUCAAAAAGACCUUUUCUUUAUUUAUUAAAUUUCUUAUACUAUAAAUCCCAUGCAAGAUAAUCACAGAGUGACAUUCUGAAAAAACUGUCUAUUGCUUUGACAAUUUAUGUUUAUCUAUACAUUUGCCUGUUAUUGUUUUAUGAUUAUCCUGGGCCAUAAUCAUUGUGUUAUCGUUUAUAAAUCUACAAUCAAUUUGUUUACAACAUUUACAUUCCUUUUCAGUAACAUCUGGACUUCUGAUACAAAGUUUAUUAAAAAUACAGAAUAUUGUAAUUGAGAAGUUUGAGAAGUUGUAGGGUUUGAUUACAGGUAGCAGGACUAAUAUUUAUAUGAACUGUACAACAAAAAAGGGGGUUUUAUGAUGU